UUAAACAAUCGCGAAUCACAUCAAUAACUAAUUGUGAGGAUUUACCAUUGAUACCAAUCAAUUAACUUGUGACAAUUAUGUUCAAUCUUGGUGGAUAUGUGAUUGCACUGGUAGAAAACAAAGGAAAGAUUAAAUUAUUAGGCUCAGCAGCAGAAAGAACUGAUCGUGAUGAGAUACUUGAAAUUAAUGGUAAAUCUCUCGAGACUUCAACUCACCAAGAAAUCAUUCAACAUAUACACCAGUGUAUACGGACAAGGACCAUUUGUUUGAGGGUCAAACGUCGGAAAGGUGGACCAAAACAGGAGCCAUCAUCAUCUUCAUCAGCAUCUUUUGCUGCCGUUGAUUCAACCGAACCAAGUGAUUAUACAACAGUUGAGAAGAGUUUGUUUAAACCUAGUAGUGCCUGUGAAGGUGACACUGAACGUGUCGAAUUGUGCGAUGAAAAUAUGGAAUUAGUUGAUUUAAUAACGAGAAAUUUAAACUCUGGUAAAGUACAAAUACAUAGAGGCCAUCAUAGGGAGGUACCUGUUGACGUUCCUGAAUCAUUUGUUGGUAUGGUAAAGCAGAAACCUCGCUAUCCACCUCCACCAGAACAUCGUAUAAAUAAUCAUCCUCCUGCACCUCCAAAUUCAACAACAUCUUUAACAUCAACCCAACAAAUAUCAUCAUCAACAUCAAUCACAACCAAUAACAAUAAUACCACAACUAUUGCCACCAACAUCACAACCUCCGCCGCCGCCGCCGCCACAACAUCAUCAUCAUCUUCAUCGUCAAGUAAUAAUGUUAACAAUAGUAAUAAUGAUGAUAAAACCAUGGUUGAUGGUGAAACCCAUUGUAGAUCAUCACCUUCUUCAAAGACCAAAUUAGAUGCUGAUAAAUUGCGAAAAUAUUCUGAAGAUAUUAGCCGAAAGAAAACUGAAGAUGAAUUCCUGAGAACCUCAUUAAGACAAAGUAAAAAAUUGAAACAAUUGGAACAUAUAAAGAGAAAAGUUAACCAAGACCAAGAUAAUACCGAAUUGUCAUCAGCUGUUAAUGAUGCUUUUGAAGGUGAUGAUGAAGUUUUUGAUCAAACAGAAACUCUUCCUAGCAUAGAUUUAAAUCCAAUUUUAGACCGAGUUGUCCAACAAUUAAAUGAUGAAUUAAAGGAACUUGUAACCAAAACUGAUUUAACUAAAUUAGUUGAUGUUUAUAACAAUAUUAUGCAACAAAAACAGAAGCAACUUUCCUUGCCAUGUGUAUCCAUACCGGCAACUGAUCUCCUGAGUGACAUUGUUAUGCUUUCACAAAAGUAUCCAGAAAGUAGCGAGGCAGCGGAACUACUUGAAAUACUCACUCGAUUUGAAUUGGAAGGACUUUGUUUCGCUUAUGAUCGUAUUGUACCAACGGUAAAAGAUUUUCAAUUAUCACCAUUAAAAUCUGAUCAUCAAACCAUAACAAACGGCCAAGAUGUUAAAAUGGAAAUUGAAGACACGUUGAAUUCCGGAUUAGAUCCAAAUGUUCGGAUCGUAAUUAUUGAGAAAUCAACCGCUGAACCUCUUGGUGCCACCGUGCGAAAUGAAUCUGAUGGUCGUGUGAUAAUCGGUAGGAUAGUUAAGGGUGGAGCUGCUGAAAAUUCUGGUUUACUUCAUGAAGGAGAUGAAAUACUGGAAGUUAAUGGUAUUGAAAUGAAAGGACGAAAUAUCAAUCAAGUUUGUGACCUUUUAGCUGAAAUGAUAGGAACAUUAACUUUUGUCAUCAACUCGAGAGAUCAAAUUGCCACCAAUCCAUCCAUUGAUAAUCAUUCUCCACGUAUUUACCUGAAAGCACUUUUUGAUUAUGAUCCAGACGAUGAUGUUUACAUACCUUGUCGUGAAUUGGGUCUAUGUUUCUCGAAAGGUGAUAUUCUCGACGUGAUUGAUCAAACUGAUACUAAUUGGUGGCAAGCAUAUCGAUUUGGUGAACAGGAUCAAUCACUUGCAGGACUAAUUCCCUCUGUACAUUUCCAGUUGCAACGAGAUGCAAUGCAACAAUCAAUGCUACUCGAUAGUAAUAACACAUCUGCUCAUAAUUACAAGAAUCACGCCAAUAAAAAAUCCGCAUCUUCCAUUUUAUUCAAUUGUGGUAAAAGAUAUCAUAACAGGAGGAAAAAGCAUCGAAAAAUGUUGGGCUUAGUUUCUGGAACAGAUGAAAGUCUAACAUAUGAAGAGGUUUCUAUUUAUUAUCCAAGAGCCAAUAUCAAGCGACCGAUUGUAUUAAUUGGCCCAACUAACAUUGGACGACAUGAGUUACGACAGAAACUUAUGCAAGACUCUGAGCGAUUUGCAGCAGCGAUACCUCACACAUCAAGACCUCGACGAGAUGGUGAAAUUUCCGGAAUCGAUUAUCAUUUCAUAUCACGUCAAGCCUUCGAGCAAGACAUUAAAGAUGGAAAAUUUGUUGAACAUGGACAAUUCGAGAAAAAUUAUUACGGAACCUCCUUGAGUGCUAUUGAAGCUGUUGUACAGUCUGGAAAAAUUUGUGUGCUCAAUUUACAUGUUCAAGCGAUUCCAAUGUUAAGACAAGGACAUGCCGGUGCCAAGCUUAAGCCUUACAUCGUUUUCGUGGCUCCACCGACCAACAUUGAGACCUUAAAACGAGUGAUCGCCUCAACGUACCGAGGUCAAGAAGAAGGCAGCAACUUACCUUUAAGCGAACUCCAGUCGAUAAUUGAUGAAGCCCGUGAUAUUGAAGCUCGUUUUGGUCAUCAUUUUGAUAAAGUUCUUGUGGUCAACGAGAUUGAACAAGCUUAUCAAGAACUGUUGAGAGUAAUCAAUGUAUUGGAAAGAGACUCACAAUGGAUUCCAAGCAUUUGGUUAAAAUAAUCAAUUAUAUUUAAAAGAAAACGAAAACAAAAACGUUUAAUCAACUGGACCAUCAAUCUAAACAAUUUAAAAUGAGAAAGCAAAAAUCGUCAAAUCAAUUCAAAUAUUAUAAUGAAGGCUAAAGAUCUAGAUGAAUUAUGAUUUUAAGAUGAUAUUAUUAUUAACUAUUAUAAUUAUAAUUAUUAUUAUUAUUAUUGA